UUCGUAGUGUGGACCACCAUAGUUACAGUUAUAAGUUAUUUUUUGUUGUAAGAUAAAAUUAAAGCGUGCGGUUUGCAAGCGGUGUGGCUGCAAAUAACAGUUAUAAAGUCAAUUAAGAACAAUAGAAAUAAAGUUAAAAUUGUAAGGCAGCUGAUAUCAACGAACGAAGUUCACAAUAAAUAUUGCUUGAACCCGAUCGAAAAGGGAAUUUAUCCAGUACAACGAUGAAUGUGUUACAAAUAUUUCUAGUUUUCACGCUGCUAUAUGGCUUGGCUAUUGCACAGGACUAUCAGGAUUAUCAGGAGAAUACACCGCGUCCAGCACCGAUAAGACUGCGGCCCAGCGCUGGUAUAGCGGAAGCACCACGACCCACACCUGUGCCUAUACUGAAGCAAAUAAAUAAACACAACGAAGAUGGUUCCUAUACAUAUGGUUAUGAGGGCGCUGAUGGUUCUUUCAAAAUCGAAACUAAACUAGCGACCGGUGAGGUAAAGGGUAAAUACGGUUAUGUCGAUGAGACAGGCAAAGUGCGUGUAGUGGAAUAUGGCGCCAAUCAAUAUGGUUUCCAACCUUCCGGUGAAGGCAUCACAGUAGCGCCACCUACUUUGGUCGAUGAAACGCUCAAGGAGGAGCCAGAGUACGAGGAUGAGCCCUUGCGGCCACAGAGACCUUAUCGCCCAGCCCGUCCACAACAACCGCGUCCGGCACCAGCGCCACGCCCACAGCCACGUCCACAACCCCAACCUCAACCACAAUACUUACAAUACGAAGAAGAACAAGAACAAGAGCCAGAGCCACCACGUCGCAUACAGUACGCACCACCACCACAAGCUUCCGCUCCACCAGCGCCACCAAGAAUACAAGUGCCUGGCGCCCAACGUACUACCGAUGUUUUAUACUCUCCACUGCAGCGCCCGGCGCGUCCCGAACCAGACUACUCACAAUUGCAGAACUUUCCAUCCAAUGUGCGUGUUUCCCGACCUGUCUAUGCGCCCGCACCAGUUCAACCUGCACCCUCCAGCGCACGCGCUAAUAACUUCCUAGGACCGCCAUCUGGUGGUCGCCCCAUUCUGGAACCAUCGCAGUUUGGUCCAGCGCCACAGGCCCGUCCAGUACAGCAAUCUGCACCAGCGCCUCUACCCAUCUAUCCACCACAGAUCAACCAUCAGCCACAGGCGCAAGGACGUGCCGGUGGUGGUGGCGGCAGUUUGCUGGAUCAGUUGGCGCGAGACUAUGCUUUGCCGCAGGGAAACGCUCAACCUUUGCAUGACAUUUCAUUUGGUUACUACUGAGCGUGUAGUCACUUUGGAUUCGGCUUAGUUUUUUAAUCGUAUGUAAAUCCAUGUAGCAAUGAACUACCGUAAAUCAUUGCAAA